AUGCCCAUCCCAACCCGCUCCCUCUCCCUCCGCGAACCAAGUAAACAGGGCCCUAACCCCCCAUCCAAGCCCAGCAGAUACACAACCACAGCCACAACCACAGUCACAGGACCAGGACGCAUACCCAAACCCGCCAACGCCGACGCCAACGCCGACUACAUCCCUCCCCCGGCCGCGCAGGACGCCUCGAAUCGCCGGAAAAGUCUCCUCCCGCAGCGGAGUCUCGGGCGCGAAUAUGACGCGCCCCGGUUGAGGCCGCCGCAACAGCAACAGCAACAGCAGGAGAACCGGCGCCGGGAGGCAGGGGUGCCGGUUAAGGAAUUGCAGCCCCAGCCGCAGAAGGCUCUGGUGGAAAAAGGGUUGGUGGAAAAUACGACGAGGCGGCGGAGUUUGAUGAUGAGGCCCGGACCGGGCCUGAGGCUGACGCCGAGUCCGUUAAAGAUGGGUAGUACGAGCACUACGGUUGGAAGUACGGCGACGACUACAAGUACGGCGGGUGUAGGCACAGACACAGCAACGAGAAAACCCCCCGUCCCCACGACGCCCAAGAGCGCGACCUUCGCGCCGCGCUCUGCAUCCCCGCGGAAGCGGGAUCUCGCGCCCGCGUCGCCGAGGAAGGUCGCGGCGGAUACCUCGAUGCCGCCGCCGCCGCGGCCGAAUCGGUCGGCGUCGCUGAGGCAGCCGUUGGUGGCUGGGUCGGGGACGGGGACCGGGAUAGUGGGGGUGAAGGGCCAUGUGCGGCACCGGAGCCAGGUGAUUGCGCUGUCGACGGGCCAGACGAGGCGGAGUGAGUCGCAGUCGUCUGGGUCGGUAACUGGGUCGACGGCGACGGCGACGGGUAGUCGAGGGACGCAGUUUACGACGUACCAGCAGCAGUUUUCGCCGAAGAAGGUGGGGAAGCCGUCUUCGGGUACGGGGAUGGGGACGCCGGCAGAAGAAAGUGCUUUGCUACCCGCGACGUGGCCGGAGAUUGCGACGCUGCAGACGGAGCUUCUACAGUUGAGUUUAUUGCACUCGACUUCGGUGCAGCGGACGGUGCAGGCGGAGGCCGAGUCGCAGGCACAGCUACGGGCUACGUAUGGGGCGGUCGCGAAACGGUAUCGCGCGAUGGUGGGCCAGGAGAAGAACAGCCAGCGGAUGCUGAAUGGGCUGGCGCUGGAUCAGUGGCUGGCGUAUGCAAAGGAGCACAACGGUCGCCAGGGGUUCGCUGCGCAGAUCCAGGUGUUUUCGCAGGUGGUGCAGGAGGUCUGCGAUCUGACGGAUGCCCGGGACGGGCGUUAUACACGGCUUGUACAGGCGUUUGAGGACUGGUAUGAUAAAUCUCAGGCGAUCGAAAGCAUGCGGCUACACUGUCAGCCGGGGGAUUCGAGCCAUCUGGUGUUCAUUGAUCCGCUGGGUCCCGCGUGGAAGGACGAGGUCUAUGCGAUGAUGAUGAAGCUGGAACAAUGCGCGCGGCAGCUGCAGAGCCUGGACAUCCUGGGGUACGCAGAGCUAGCAGCUACGACGAUGGGCGAGUCUGCGCUGCUCCGGGCGGCCCGGGGACUGGACGACAUGCUCACCUCGAUGGUGGAGGAGCUCCGGACGAUACGUAGGAUGGAGACGGCGGUCGUAAAGUCGGAGAGGCAGUGGGUUAGUCAGCUCACGGGGGAGUUGACGGCCACCCACACCCACACCCACACCCAUGCACGCGAGGCGAGGGGCCCGCGGGCUGGAAUGUGGAGAACUGCGCUGUUCGGCUGUUGA